GCUUUGCGCAAGUGCGGGCGUGCCUUCGUUAGGCUGCUGGGGUGGAGCUGAGAAAGCAUGGUGAAGGCUAUUUGUGUACUGACUGGCUACCUUCGUGCCUUUGGUGUCGUCCGCUUCGAAUUGAAUGAAGGUGGAUAUUUGACCAUAAAAGGAGAAUUUUCUGGACUGCCCCCAGGAAAGCAUGGACUCCACGUUCAUAGUUUUGGUGACAUAACGAACGAUUGGAUAAGUGCAGGACCUCUUUACAUUCCAACCAACAAAAUGCAAGGGAUGCAACAAGACAAGAGACAUGCAGGUGACCUGGGUAUUGUAAACACAAGUGAAGAUGGUUUAGCCAAGCUGGAUGUGGCGGUAUCCCAUUUCCAUCUGACAGGAAUUCAUUCUAUUAUUGGACGCACUCUGGUGUUGAUGGACCAAUUCAUAACUUUUACAAUGGAUAAUGCUCAUCCACAUCAUAGGGAUGGCCACUUUUAACACAGCGACUCUUACAGUGAAAACAUUAUUGACACAGUCCAAUUUACUUGUAUGUUUCUUUUCCAAAACACUACUCGCUUCUGAAUGGAAAAAAAAUCAUGCCCUGAAUGUGCUUCUUGUUUAUUUGUAAUAAUAAUUCAUCUUAAACCUUAAAUUCAGAGAAAACUCCCAUGCUUUUACCAUGCCAACACAGUUUGAAAGCAUGUGUCUGGACAAUUACCUGGGGAAAAUACCAUUAUCAUUUGCAGCAAUGGAUGAUGGCCCCGUCUGUAUGUUAUUCAGUUGGAAGAAAAAGUCAAAUAUUAAAUUACUGGAAUUUGGCUAGAUAUUCUAAUGUCUAAUUUCACUACUGAAAGCAUGGUCAUAUUUUUAAAAGCUUCACCAGAAUGAAGAUGACUCAGGCAAAGCUGAUAAGGAAGAAAGCAUUACAACAGGAAGUAAUGGAUCUGGUAUAGCCUGGGGAGUGAUUGGAAUUUGUCAGAGCAAUAUUUCAGAGGAAGUCUUAGAAGAAAACAAUUAAGCAAUAAAGCUGUCUGUAUUUGUGGACUAAGCUCUAUUUUGUCAUGAUACAUUGGUAAAUGUUCUUUGUUUAUGGAUGUGAAAAAAUAUUAUCCACAUUUAAGAAGUUUUCACAAAUUUGUUUUUCAGUUUUUAUUGCAUGUGAAUUUUUGGAUCCUACCAUAAACAUGCAGCUCUCCUUUAGGGUUUUUGUGAAAAUUCAUUCAAAUCAAAUGUCAACAGUCAAGUUCUAUUCUGCAGCACAUUUCUAUAUUGUAAACUCUGCUACAGUAUAGCUUUUAAAAUACUGAAUCAAUUAAUAUAUUUAACCACCUUUAAUGGUAUAAGUACCUUAUGAUAUAUGUUUUAAUUAUAUGUUAAUAUUGGGUAACAAUUCUAUAAAAUACAACAUUCAUUUUCUUGGGGUAGCCUGUGCCAAAAUGUAUUUCCUUGGUUCCACUGAUUAAUGAUUAAAAAUAAACAUUCUGCUACUUUUCAUACAAGUUAUAUUAGUUUUUACAAGUCUGGGACAUUUUACCACAUUAAAUGUAUGAUAUUAAUACAUGUUGUUUGAUGCGUUAAAGGGACUUGUUCUGAUGUCUUAAGUAACACGUUGAUUUACUGAGACUUGAUUCCGAAUCAUUAUCAUUAACAUCUUUUGUUAUCUCUAUUCAGUCUGACUUCCUUCACCAAGCUGGCACAUUGAGCCCAUAAGCAGCAUUGGAUCAUAGUCAUUAACAGUACCAGUCCUUAUAAAUUGAAACUAACCUCAACUUCCUUUCAUCAUGUUUUGAUGUUGAUGUGCAGGAUGAUGCCAUGAGUAUCAAUUAUAUCCUUAACUAUCUCAUGCAAUGUGACAUCCAUAUAUAAAGAACACCAGAUAUUUGGGAAGAACAGCAUUUUAUAAUUUUUCCUCAAAAAAAAUCUCUAAAGUCACAACAGUAGCUUUCCCUUUUAAGCAUGUCAGCAAGUUAUUUCUUGAGGGGACUUAUUCUCAAACCACCAGAUGUAAAUUUAGCAGUCAUUUUGUUCCCAGUGUAGGUCUCAUUCAAAUCGGCAAGAAACCAAUUAUUGUUUGCUAUGAUGCAAAAAAUAACAUGAUUUUAAAAUGUAAUAUUGAUAUCCAGCAUCAAGGAUAGUCUAGCAUUUGGAAUUUAAUAGUUUUUCCCUGUUGGCUAAACUGUUCUUCCCAAAUAACUGGUGUUCAUUAUAUCUGGAGGUGGCAUUGCUUGAGAUAGUUCAGACAUAACCUCAUGUUAUCAUCUGAUACAUAAUGGAAGGAAGGUGAGGCAAGUGUCAAUUGAUAGGGACUGGUACUGUUAGUGGCUGUGCUGGUCCUAUGCUGAUUAUGACCUCAACAUGCAUUUUGCUGAUGGCAUAGCCUCUUAUCAAGCUUUCUGAUGGCCUAGACUCUGAAGAUGAGAUCAUGAUUAUUACCAGUACUAGCUGCAGACAUAUUUCAUAGCAUUUUGAUGAGUGCAAUCAAUAAAUCAGUAAAAUGAUCACCUGCUACUCACUAGAGCUAAGAAGAAUGAGAGGAGAUCUACUGAUUAUCUAAACAGUUUGGAUAUGGGUAGGAUGUUUCUGCAGGUGUUGAAUUACCAUUAGACAAACAUGUAAACCCAAAGUAGUCUUGUAUUAGUCAUGGCUCAGCUACUUUAAUUUAAAUAUUUAUAAUUAGCCUUACUCUAGGUCUUGAGCAUAUAAAUCUAGAUUGACAAUCCUGUGCAGCACUGAGAGAAUUGUGAUUUUGUCCUCUGAGUUAAACUAAAGAGUUCCUAUCUUUUUUCUAGUUGAUGUAAAUAAAUUAAAAGCACCAUUAUAACAUU